AUGAGAUCAGCCACUAUUAUCUCCACCAUCUUCGUCCUGGCAGCCUGCCUUCUAAAAAGCAGCGAUGCGGUGACCUGCAGCGCCGCCCCCAAUGUCGUAGGAUGCAUCGACUGCACCACCGAUCCCACCAACGAGGAGUGCGUGGCCGAGGCAGCCGCCAACGCCACAACCACCACGACCACCAGGCCCAUCUCCACGGGCGGAAACCGGAAGAUUGUUACCAUAAGCGACCUGAACUACUCCAUCACCCGUCGCGUCCGCCUCAACAACACCUCAUCCCCAUCCACCAAUCGCAAUGGCAGGAACAACGGAAGACGGGUCACCAGAGGGAACUCCAACCGCAGGAACAACAACUCCAGGCGGGGAAACUCCAGAAAUAAUCGGGGAAACUCCAGAAAUAAUCGGGGAAACAUUCGUGUUCGGGUUGGUUAA